AUGGCAGAGAUGCAUAUUCAGGCAAAGCUGGUAAAUCUUUUAAAAGAAGAUAAGAUUCAGCUCUGGAACCCACCGUACUCCACAGAAGACAACCAGGCAGGACAGCAACAUCUGCAGGUAAUGUUAGCUAGGUAGUUAUAGCAUUCUAAAUGUGUUGAAGUUCGACAUUCAGCUGGUUGGUCUGUCACCGGACUUUGAGUCACAUUUGUGUGAUCGUUUUUUAACUAUGCCUGUGUGUCUGUCUUUGUCACUGUUGUCAUUACAGGAGCUUGCAGUGAACUAUGCACCCAUUGUGUGCUUCUCGGUGUCUGAAGUGGCGAGUGCCUUGGAGAGCAUCCGAUCCCAAGCAGUAAAGCGAGGAAUGAGAAACAAGACCUACAGAGAGACAUGUGUGGCCACGUUGGAACUCCUUCUGCCUAAAGACGGGAAAAAGGUUUGUGUGUGUGUUUGAGGGGUGGGAGUGUUUGUCCUGACACGCCCUACAGAAAAUAAACAUAAUUCCAGAUUUUUACCCGAUUGCUUUAGGAUGUCAAGAAGAAGAACUAUUUGGAGACUAAACUGGAUGUCCUUCUACAAGAUAUUAUGGCUAGGUAAGUGAAAAUGUCCAUCACAAUGUCAAUCUUUUAUAAUGUUAUCUGUUGGUGAAGUGAUGUACAGUCUCAGAUUAUGCCUAUUAUGUAUAUCAAGGUCAUAGCUAUACAGUGCUACUUUCUUCCUACAUUUGAAUAGGAUUGCUGAACAAUAUGGACUCAAAUACAUCAAGUUAAUUUUGAAUGGGAAGACACUGACUCCUGGUAAGUCCCAUUUAGGCCUAGGUGCCACAACUCCCCUCGAAUCAAUGCAUAUAAACUCUCAUUAUGUUUGGUCAUUUCAACUUUGCAUGUAAAAGCUCUGACGAAGGCCUUGAGUCCGAUACGUAAAGCUCAAUAAAGAGCAGUGAAACUAUCAAGAGCAGUGUGCAGGUUUCUUAUUUUUUCUCUCAAUUUUGCAUGCAUUGAAACGGUUCCUCUUCACAGAGAAGCGUCUGGAUGAACAGGACGUGAAGAACAACAGUAAGAUUAUGGUUCUGCGGGUGAGUGAGCCAGAGAGAAAGAAACAGAUGGUGGAGGAGGAGGAGAAGAAGAGAACCCAGGACCAGAGUGUCCAGAGAACCCAGAAGGGCUUCCAGAUCCUCUCAGAGAGAGGUUAGUUAGACACAAUCACAACGUUAUCACAUGGUUGUUCUGUGGCUUAGUUGUCAUUUUAGGCUUCCGGAUCCUCUCUGUAAGAUCCUCAUACAGCGUUUAACCUUGAUCGCAACGCUACGGGAGUGUUAUUUUAUGGAUGUUCUGUGGUUUGGUUGUCAUUUCAGAUGGCACCGAUGACCCAGCCACGACACCAUUCCUAGAGAUUGCUGAUCAGAAGGGGAACCCUCUGAAAAUACCUCACAGUGAGAAAAAGGUAGUCUAGACAAAGGUCUCAUGAACAUAUGAUCAAUAUUAUAUUCAUAACUGUCAUGGUAAACGGUAUGAGUGGACAUCAAGCUCUCACAACUCAUGGCUUGAAUGGUAAAUAUGAUUCUUGCCAUGCGGUCUGUGCGAAUUUGACCUCCACUGAUUGUGACUCCGCACCACACAAACUCUGACUAGUUCUAAUGCUGUGUAAUUGUUGUCCUCAGGCUCUGAUUCUAGCCAUGGGGUUCCAUGAGAAAGGGCCGCGCUCUGAUGAAGAGGAAACAGUACGACGCUGCUCUGUGCCACCUGCUGCAAGCUGACGACCAGUUUGGGUAAAACACCUUCAGCUACAAUCACAGAAAUCCUUUGUCGAAGCAGAUAUUGGUCAAAACACACAUUUAACUUUCGGUUAAAACCGUCAACGCCCAAAGAAAAAAAAGAUUGUCAUGUUCGAUCAGUUUAAGGCGUUAUCAUUUGAUUUGACUUUGAAUGUGCACUACUUCUACUACACGUUCUGUUCCACCUCUAAUACCAUUGUAAAGUUCCUCCGAUCCAUUAGAUUUUCUUAAGACCGAUAUAAGAUGUAUAUUUGUGUGUGUGUGUAUACAGUAAGUGUGGCUCCAUGCUCCUGAGCACGGUGGACAACUAUGCAGUACUGCAGCUGGACAUCGUGUGGUGCUACAGAGCCCUGGAGGCGCUCUCCUGCCUAGACGACGGCAAGCAGAGGCUGCAGAGGGCCGAGGACUGCUUCCUCAAGUGCUACGGAGAGCAGCAGCAGAGGCUGAUGCAGAUCAAGGUGAUGAACCACAAACACUGGUCUAUGGCUCUGUUAACAAAUUACCCCUAACCCCGAACCCACUAGGCACCUAUGUUGAUCUGAAUUUCAUAGUCGUUGUAAUAUAGUAAAUUGAUUUAAUUAAUUUUGCUUUCAGGGAAACACAGGACGAGAGGAGGUGCUGUUCCUCAGGCUGUACCUCCUACAGAGCUUACUGGCGUACCUGGAUGGUAACGAACACCAGGCCACACAGAAGCUAAUGCGGGUACAGUACAUCAUUAAAGCCCUGCUUCCAGAUUGUCUUGUCUCCAGACAUUAACAACAACAUGGCACCUCACUGUAAAAUAAUGUCAUAUAACUGAUUCUACCUCUUACCUCUGCUGUGUUGUAUGUAGGUGGAGGACCUGUAUGGGCGUCUGUGUCUGGACCCAGGGAAGAUGACAGGGCUGAUGGGUCUGGGUUUCUCUGAGCAGGAGGCCCGUCUGGGCCUGAGGGCCUGCCAUGGCAACGUAGACGAGGCCGCGCUGCACAUCACCCACAGGAGACAGGUGGGUCCCCCCAUAGCAAUAGGGGCCAGUGCUCAUAGUGGGGGGGCAGCAGCAAUCAUAGUGGGGGAAAAAAGGGGCCAGCGCUCAUAGUGGGUAAAAAGGGGGCCAGCACUCACUUGAUAUAGUUGCAGUUGAUAGGAAACAUUUAUUUUAUAGCACCUAAGUUAUCAGGGCUGUUAUAAUCAUAGAAAUAAAAUUACUAUAACUAUUCAAGUCAGUGUCCCAUGAUGGGUGGAGCGGUGGCCAUAAUGAGUGUAAUUCUAUGGUUUUGUCUGUCCCUGUCAGGAGAGGGAGGAGAUGAAACAGAUUGAGAGGGAGAGGAGGAGGAGGCGUAUGGAGGGCCUGGCCACCCUCCGAGAGCUGGGUUACUCCAAGAGAGACGCUGCCCGGGCCCUCCAUCAGGCAGACGGAGACAUGGACAGAGCCUAUGGGGUGAAAGACCGUCGCGCUACUGCAAAAACACAAAUUGUUUCUCAAUACGCCAUGAAGGAGGAUAUGCCAACCAUCACAACAUGUUACCAUAACCAGAGCCAUGAAGCUACAUUAGCUAGCAGAAGAGUGUAGGAGCUAGCUAGCAUACUUUGCUAAUAUGUAUUUUUUUGUAUUACUUUAUCCUGGUUUGCUUGUUUCCCCUAGAUUCUUCUAGAGUCCACCCAGGCGGAGUCUGCUGCUGUAACCAACCACGACACAGAGCUCCCCAUAGAUCAAUCCAAGGUUGAGCAGGUAACAAGCCCCUACCUCUUUUGAGUGCUCGCUCACUCUCGCUCUCUCUUAUGCUCUCACUUGUGCUCUCUCUCUUGUCACUAUGUCUAUAUUAAAGGUAUGUUCCUCAGUGGUGUAUGGUACCUUAUCCUUCCCUCUCCAUAGCUGUUAUACCUGGGCUUUGAGCUGGAGGCUGCCGAGGCUGCUCUGAGGCUGACGGGGGGAGACGUGCAGGGGGCCACCCAGCUGCUGCUGGACAACCAGGGGGUCCUGCCCCCCGAGCUGCUCUCCCCCUCUCCCCCCUCCUCACUGUCCGAGGAGCCCAGCACCUCCUCAGAGUCCGCAGGUAGGACUCACAUGAACACAAGUACGUACACAGAGAAGCAUGCAGAUGGACAGACGGAUCCACACUCUCAUUACUGCGUUAAUACAACAAUACAGGUCUUGUUGAAUAAAAAAAAACAAUCUGUUUUAUUGUCACAAACACUGGCUAGUGUUCCACUGUUGAGAGGUCCAUGUGAGAAAGGCAUUCAAUAUGCUGCUGAUACUUAAGGCACCAUAAUGCCUUUUAUAACCAAAUCCCCAAAGGAGAGCCCUAAUGAACAUGACACUUGUCAUUUGUGUGUCCAGGCUCUGGGAGCCAAGGGGAGGACCCUAUGGACGUGGACCUGGUGAAUGAGGUGCUGGAGGACAUCCCCCGACACGAAGAAGACUACCUGGACUUGACCCUGGAGGAGGAGAGCGAGGUCAUAGCCCAGAUGAAGUCCUACCUCCACAAGAACUGUGCCUCCUCCAGCUAAAGUGCCGUCCAGCCGGUGGCCAUUUUGAAAGCACUUCCACCACGUCCUUUUACAAGGGUGUUUGAUUUUA